UUCCCGCAAACACCAGCCGAGAGUGACGGAUCCCCGAGCCGCUCAGAUUACUACAUCUUAAACAAUAAUCUUAUUGCCAGCUUUUCGAAAAAUUCUCCUGGCACCUUCGAUCGGCAUGAAGACCACCACCGGCGAGGAGCGACCCCCGAGCAGUGAAAAAAUCCCGGUUUAGAUUUAUAAUUGGAACACUUCCAGAUUGCGGCAUCACCAUUCAUUAAAACACAACUGAAAGCUUACGACCCUCAUGGCGUCUCCGCCUUCAAAGCAGCGAUCCGGGCGGACCAGAGCACAGCUGCCGCCUUGCUACUACGAGGGGUACCUGGAGAAGAGGGCACACAAAGAAAAGGUGUCGCAGCGGCUGUGGACCUGCCUGUGUGGCAACACUCUGUACUUCUUUAACAGCACCAAGGACAGUUCUUAUGCAGAGAAACUCGACCUGAGUGGUUUCAUUUCCCUGACGGAUGAUGACAGCAGAGGCCGAAAUCUGGAGGCAGCGAGGCUGACCCUGCGUCUGCGGAGCGGGGAGGCCACGCUGACGGCUCCCAGUCUGGAGGCCCGUGAGCUGUGGAAGGGCUUCAUCUACUCUGUGGUGGAGUUGUCUGUGCCCAGCUCCUUAAACCUGCUUCCAGGUCAACUUUACAUGCUGAAGGAGGUAGUGGAACGAGAAAGGGAGAGGCGAAGACGCAAGCCACCGCCAACCCACCCUGCCCCAGCCGUCCCUCUCUACCUCCCCCUAGUGGGGGAAAUACCCGCGUGCUUCCAGGCUGUGUCCAGGACGGAAGCAGAAGUGCUUCUGGAGAGACACCCGGACUGCGGGAACCUUCUGCUCCGGCCGGGGAGGGACGGCUCGUCCCUGGCCAUCACCACCCGCCAGGACCUCCACGGGUCAGUUUUCAGACACUAUCGAGUUACGCAGAAACAAGAUGGCGGAUAUUUAAUUGAAGUGGAGAAUCCAAUUCCCUGUGCCACUCUGCACGAUGUGAUCGACCGUCUGGUGGAGAAGACGGCUGGAACGCUGCAGCCUUUCCUGCUGGAGGAGCCGUAUGAGGGGAACAUCACCUUCGUGAAGUCAAACGAUGAAAACGGCGAAAGGAGCCUGCAUCAAACCUUCCAAUCACCCCACCAUUGCACAGUGCCUGCACUGCCCCCCAAACCAGGCUCUCUCCAUGAUCACUGGCUCCACCUGGUGCCAACAGAAGACCAUGAGGAGAACGUCUACCUGAAUGAGCCGUGUGGCCUCCGCCGGGCCAGCUCUGUGCCCCCCCCAUCUGGACUGGAGCCCCCUGCACUGCCUCCCAAACCAGGGAGGAAAGGCCUCCCCCGGCGGAAUAACUCCUCUCCUGGCCCCCCCAAGGAGCGUUUCUGCAGCGAGGCUGGGUUGCUAAUACCUGACCUCCUCAAAUCUUCUGACUCGCCAGGAGUUGACAGGAGGACUCUGAAACCACUGCCUCCACCCCCAGACUCCGAGGGGGCAGAUGCCUCAGAGGCUGAGGGCCAACUGAUGCAGAUGAGCCUAGUGCCCGACUCGUUAGCCCAAGCAGUAACAGAGGAGCUCAAGUUGAAACUGGAGCUGAGACGAACCAAUCAGUAGUGCUCUCUCUGGAGAAGUCUGGCCAAUCAGGAGGAACCCUGAGGAAACCCAGCCAACUGACGCCGACGCCAAUGACGUCGCACUGAUCAAGAGGCAGCUUCUCCCAGACCCCAGCC